AUGUACAACAUACUCAUGGACGCCGAACAAUCCACAAACCCCUUUGAUCUUCUUAUACGAUUUCCAUGCUUGGAGUUGCAGGGAGCCGAAGCAGCCGUGCACGCCCCCAAACCAAGUGUGUUUAGGAGCCACUUACCUUUCAACAAAAUCCCGUACUCUCCUGAAGCGAAGUACGUAUAUAUUGCCAGGAAUCCGUACGACUCGUGCGUUUCUUUCUACUACCACACUAGGGACAUACCAUUCUACCGAUUUCGCAACGGAACAUUCGACCAGUUCUUCGAGCUGUUUAUGCAAGGCCGAGUAGAGCAUGGGGAGUACUUCGAGAAUGUGAUCUCUUGGUACGAACAUCGCAAUGACUCCAACGUACUGUUCUUGACAUACGAAGAGCUCAAGAAGGACACUCGUGACAAUGUUCUCAAGAUCGCUGCGUUCAUGGGGCCGGAAAGGGAGGAGAAGUUGAGGAAAGAUCCCGAGCUCAUCAACCGGGUUCUAGAGAACACUAGCUUGGAGCACAUGAAGAGGUUGUUAAAUUAUGAUGCACAGAAGCCGCCCUGA